ACCGCGCAGCUGGCCAGCUUUGAAACUGGGCACGGCGAUAUGGUGCAUGACGCCGCCUUUGACUAUUACGGGAAGCGGUUGGCCACCUGCUCCAGCGACCGCAGCAUCAAGGUGUUUGAGGUUGCGGGAGAGCAGGUGACCCACCUGGCCGACCUGAACGGCCAUGAGGGCCCCGUGUGGCAGGUGUCCUGGGCGCACCCCAAGUUUGGCAGCCUGCUGGCCUCGUGCAGCUUCGACAACCGGGUGGUGGUGUGGAAGGAGGUGUCGGACAAUGUGUGGCAGCAGGUGUACCAGUCGCCGCUGCACACCGCCAGCGUCAACUCCCUCUGCUGGGCGCCGUACGAGCUGGGGCUGUCGCUGGCUGCGGCCUCCUCCGACGGCGCCGUCUCGGUACUCACAUACCAGCCAGACGGCACCUGGCACGCAGACAAGAUGGAUGGUGCACACCCCAUCGGCUGCACCGCGGUCUCCUGGUCGCCCGCCGCACCCAAGGGCUCGCUCGUCUCCUCCAAGGCCCCCGGCCAGCCCGUGCGGCGCCUGGCCUCCGCCGGCUGCGACAACUGCGUUCGGGUGUGGAUGUAUGCGGAGCAGGCGCGGCAAUGGCGGCAGGACGGCGCCACCCUCACGGGCCACACAGACUGGGUGCGUGACGUGGCGUGGGCCCCGAACUUUGGGCUGCCCAUGAACACCAUCGCCAGCGCGGGGCAGGAUGGCAAGGUGUUCAUCUGGACCGAGCGGCAGGAAGGCGGCUGGGAGCGGCACCUGCUUCACGACUUUGGCGCCGCGGUGUGGCGCGUCAGCUGGUCGGUCAGCGGCAACAUCCUCUCCGUGUCCGACGCCAACAACGCGGUCACGCUGUGGAAGGAGGCGGCGGACGGCCAGUGGCAGCAGAUCACGCAGUAGGAGGCGGCUCGGCUUCGGCGGUAGCAGGUGGCAGCGGAGCCCAGGCCUGAGCUACCGGCCGCUCCUUCCAGCUUGGUUUGCAUUGUUGCCUUGCGCCACGGCUUCACCAGCUGUCUGAAUGACAUGUUGGCCCGAAUGAAAGAAUGUUGGGGUC